AUGCCCACCCACCUCUCCUCCUCCGCCGGCUCCACCAUGUCGCCGACGCCAUGUCACCCUGCCUUCCUCUACGACCUGGACCUCACCGCGCCAUCCCCGUCCCCGUCCCCGCCCCCGCCGCCGCCACAGAACAACAACCACCACCUCCGCCCCGCGUCCGCCCGCCGCCGACCGUCCAGCAGGCGCCGGCCGCGGCCGUCGCGUAAGAAGGUGCCCCCCACGUACUUCGCCGCGGACCCCGCCAGCUUCCGCCGCAUGGUGCACCAGGUGACGGGCGCCGACGACCUGCUGCACCUGCCGCUGCCGCCUCUGGCGCCGAAGAAGCACGAGGCGACCACCGCCCUCUGCCGCCCUGCGCCCUCCCGCGCCGCGGCGGCCGGCGCGCUGACCAGGCUACCGACGCUGGACACGUCCGCGCUCCUGCUCGGCAGCUGGUCCGCCCGGAGGACGACGACGACGGGGCUGGCCGCGUCGGUGCCGCCGGCGGCUGCGUGGGAGGUGGACGUGGCGGCCGGUGUCGGUGUCGGUGUUCGUGCAGGACUCGGGGGAGCGGGCUACAGCAGCAGCGAUUCCGGCGGCGGCGGCGGCCGUGGCUUCCCAACCUUGGAGUCGUGGGACGACGCUCUCUCGUACUACUAG